GCACGCAACCAAAACUUGAUGGGCCCAUGAGAGGAGGGCUGAGAAAUCUUGCAUUUUGUUCUUUGCUUUUUAUACAAAUAGAUCUAUAAAAUAGAUCUAUAUUCAUGGGGAAUGGAAAGUUUGGCGGCCAUUUCUACCCGGGCUUAUACAUUUUCUUUUAUGGACUGUAUCAGGCAACACUGAUCUCCAAGGCCGUGAUAGUCAGUGACUCAUCUGGGUAUGUUACCUACUCUCCUAAGAAUAAAAAGAGAUGUGCCAAGCUGAAAAUAUCUUAUGGAGGCUGGCUGAAGAUAGUGACUGGCUCCCUCUUAGCAUUUUAUGUGGUCUUCUGUCUUGAUGAUGGGAUGGUGUUGAUUAACAAAGGGAUGCCUCCAAGGUUUAUGUACCCCAAGGAGUGGCAGCACCUCACCAUGUUCAUCCUCCUCGCCCUCGAUGGUUGUGCAGACGUCAUAAGCAAGAACGUGCUACGGCAGAGGUGCGUGCUCCUAGAAAGAGGUGCCACUGUGCUGAGCUUCUAUGUGCUCCUGCUGCUGCUGGUGUCUCACGUUAAAGAAUCAUCUGGGGUGGAGCUGCAGGUUCACUCUCUCCUCAUCUUGGUGGUGUUCCUGCUGAUGCUGGUGUUGACGGCAGAGCUCUGGGCUCCUGAAAUGUUUCACCUCAGGAUGAUAGAGACCUUCCUGUUCCUGAUGAUGGGCUCGUGGCUGAUUCAGGCAGCCUUCAUUCUCUUUAGACCAGUCUCUGGCUUCCUGUGGGAGGAUGGUGACAUCAGUGACAUCAUGUUUGUCACCACCUUCUUCUGCUGGCAUGUGAUGAUCAACGCCUUAUGCAUGUUGGGAAUCUAUGGUGUCUCUUCCUUUUGGCACCGUUGUUACAGUCCCAGCUUGAGGCUGAUGGGGUCCAAGGAAGCGCUGUAUCAGGAGAGCUCUUCAGGAACCUUCUACAAGCUGCUGCAGGAGGCAGAGCAGCAGGACAAAGAUAACCAGGCUCCUCUCCUUUCAAAGAUCUCUCCCUGUGACAGGGCCUAGAAACCUGGGUACAUACACUACUCCAUCUUCCUCCUGUGGGCUCCCUUGGGCACUUGUAAUAUACCCUUUGUUCCUUGCUGAAAGUAACGACCCUGGAGGAUGACAGUCCCAACCAUUAUGCCUGUCAUUGACCCUAUAACUGUUGAGGGCAUAAAAGGAUGACCUGGAAAAGUGACAUAGCCUAGUUUAUGCGAGUCAGAAAGAGAGAGCGAGGACAAGGAGUAGUAUUGAGAAGAGUGGGCUACAAGAACUACCCACCAUGGGAAGAUAAUGGCAGGGAACCUCUGAAAAGAGGGGCAGAGGUCCGCAGGGAUUCCAGCACUGAUGGGGCUCUGAGUUAGCCAAGGAAUGUGACAGUGGUGGGUUGACCAACUAAAGUGGAGCUGCUCUGCAGAGACAGCAUGACAUAUAGUACAAUUCACUACUCCAUUUGGAUGGAAUUACAAGAAUCCCACACGUGUAUAAUUUAAUGUGGGUGGAUUAGCAUUGCUUCAAGAACAAAUAAGUGAUUAAUACUUUCAGAUCUCAUUUUAAGUUGGCAUGAACCAAAUUUCAUGAACCCCUACAUACUUCUUAUUCCUGACCUCUAAUCAGACUAAAGCGAAGUGCUUAGUGGUGAUAUAUAUUUCACUAUCUAUACAAUUCACUAUACCUUGCAUGUGAGUCUUUUCCCAAAAACCAAACCUGUUGUCAGCCACAUUUUUACCACAGCUAUUCUAUAGUGUCCUACAUAGAAUAGUAUACUAUUCUAUAACUAGCAUCAAUUUCUCCUAUACUGUUAUGAUCACAAUGGACUCUUCCUCCAAGUUCUCAUACUCCCUUGAUCUGGGUCCCCGUAGCGCCUCUCCUACGUCCGUGUCACAUGCGGCAGACACAUCCUUCCUUGUCUUUCUCUUGGGAAGGUUUUGUUUCAUCACCUAAAAUGUAACCCCUUACAAGUUAAUAACAUAGUGUAGUUUAUUGUUACCUAAUUUCUUUUUUUUUAAUAAUUUAUUUAUUGAUUAUAAUUAAGUACACUGUAGCUGUCUUCAGACACCAGAAGAGGGCAUCAGAUCUCAUUACAGAUGGUUGUGAGCCACCAUGUGGUUGCUGGGAUUUGAACUCUGGACCUUAGGAAGAGCAGUCGGGUGCUCUUACCCACUGAGCCAUCUCACCAGCCCCUAUUGUUACCUAAUUUCUUUUGCAUGUCUCAGAGUCAUACGAUAUUACCUGCUAGGAGAACAAUUUGGGUGGAAGAAGGAGCAAGAGAGAGGUAGGAGAAGAGAUGGGGGCAUAGUGAGGGCUAUAAGCAAGGUACAAUGACAUUUCUAUAUGAAACUUUAUACUGUAAGCUUUAUUUUCUACGCCAACUAAAUAACUAGUUUAAAAGCACAUUUAUUAUAUAGCUUAUGCUCAAUAAGGUUUACUUCCGGGGCCCCCCUUUUCUUUCCCUUGUAAAUGUAAUGUCUGACUGCUCUGUGAACUCUAACAAUAUAAAUAAAUCAUGGGCUUCCUUGCUUGUGUGUAAAA